UCUCCGCCCCGCCCGCUCCCUCCCGGCGGCCCCGGCGGCCGCGGCCUAACCCGCUCCCUUCCCCCUCGUCCCGGUCCCGGCGCCCCGUUCCGCGGCGCCAUGUCCCGGGCCCCGGUGCGGGUGCUGCGCCUGGGGCUGUGUCCGUACCCCGAGGCGCUGCGGGUGCAGGAGCGCUGCGUGGCGGCGGCGCGGGCGGCGCGGCCCGGGCCCGUCCCCGCUCCCACCCCCGCUCCCACCGCCGGGGAGAGCGUGGUGCUGAGCGAACCGGCGGCCCCCGUGUACGUGUGGGGGCUGCGGGGCGCCCCGGAGGCGGAGGCGGCGGCGCGGCUGCGGGCGCGGGGCGCGGGGCUGCUGGCGGCGCGGCGGGGCGGCCACAUCACGUUCCACGGGCCCGGGCAGCUCCUCGCCUUCCCGGUUCUCGACCUGCGGCGCCGCCGCCUCCCGUUGCGGGGCUACGUGGCGGCGCUGGAGGCGCUGGUGGUGCGGAUGUGCCGCCGCUUCGGCCUGGCUGCCGCCCGCGCCCUCCCGCCGCCCUUCACCGGCGUCUGGAUGGGCGACAGCAAAGUGUGCGCCAUCGGUGAGCGCGGCGGGGGGACACGCACCGGGGGGACACGCACCGGGUGGGUGACAUGGACCGGGGGGACACGCACCGGGGGUGCACUGCGGGAACCACAUCACCUCGCACGGGCUGGCGCUGAACUGCUGCACCGACCUCACCUGGUUCGACCACAUCGUCCCCUGCGGGCUGGAGGGAAAAGGCGUCACGUCGCUGAGCCGCGAGCUGGGCCGGCCCGUCACCGUCGACCACGUCCUCCAGCCUUUCCUCGACUCCUUCCAGGAGGUGUUCGACUGCACCUUGGUGUUUUCAGAAGAUGCCGGGGAGCGGGAGAGCCGCGGCGCCGCGGCUGAGUGUUCCGGCAAACCCUCGGUGCAGCCGCCUGGUGCUUGAUUGCAGGACAAGUUCUGGUGCCUUCACCUGCAGACAGCACGUGAACGGCGGCACAGAGGUCCAGGUUGUCGCUUAAACAGCCAAAACUCCAUCGGGGCUGCUCUCUCCAGCUCCACGGGUCUCUGUCCCUCAGCUCAGACCUCCCAGGGUGUCACGUCCCCGUCGCCUGCUGGGGAGAUGCCCAAACAAGCACUUCUGUGUGUUUUUUCUGCCUGUCUCCCCACAAAAUUCCAACAUUUGGGUGAACGCUCACGAGCCCUUUGGACAAGAGGAGGAGGGACUGGUUGACUGAGCAUUUUUCCCUCGCUGCUGCAUAAAAAGAGGGAGAUUUUCUAUGAAAAGACUUGCUGGGAACUUUGGCUGCUGAUCCUUUGUUUAUUUACCCCAAGAUAUUAUGAAUAACGACCUUUUUCUUGCACUGUGCCCAGAGAAAUCCUCACAAGGCGAAAAUCCUCACUGCGGGGUUGGGGCGGGUGGAAAAAUCACUGAUAAGAGGCUGUAAAUGGUUAAUUACGGAGCAAUGCUGAUGUGGUGGGAAAGCAGGAGGAGGAGUGGGUCUAGGAGAGGAUCUGUGGCCAUUCCAGAUCGUGUGGGGCCACACAGUGUGGGAUCCAGUGCUGGGGAUGUCACUGUGGUCCGUGCAGGUGGUGUUGGCUCCUCCGAAAUCGCCGCCCCGGCUGCAGGAUCCGUGUGAGCUCACAGGAGCCGUCCCAGUGAAGCGGUGCAGCCACCCUGAGGUCCUGCCUAUGGAUGCAAACCUAUAGGUAGACACAGAUAAAACUGAUUUUAAUAACUUUUCGUUCAGGAGAAAUGGAAAAUGGUAAAUAAAGUUCCCGCACGCUGCUCAGAGAGGGAGCUGAGCCCCCCCUGCAGCCCGUCA